UGGAAAGGAGACAAGAUGAGGCUUUCUGACCCGGAGGAUGAACAAGUGAUGCUGUGGAGAACCAGUGCCCCAACUAACAAUGAGUGGGUGAAAGCAGAAAUCCAGAUACCUGCAGAUCUUGAAAAAUUCAAGCUUCUGUUAGAAGGAACCAUCAAAAGCAAGACGAGCAGUAUCUGUCUGGAUCACUUUCAUUUUGUGGAAAACAUGGUAUCAGAAUUGCCCAAAGUUUGUUCUUCUGAACAAUUUGCCUGUGCCAAUGGCCAAUGGAUUGACAGUAGUUUGGCCUGUGAUUACCAGCUGGACUGUUUGGAUGGAAGUGAUGAAGAUCCAGCAGCUUGUGGGUUUUUUCAUGCAAGGGAGCAGUCAAAAAUAGAAUCUCCUACCUGCCAUUUGAAGUGGUACAGUUCUUUCUGUCACUUCAGAACCCAUCACUUCAUUCAGCUUCAUACAUAG